AUGAAUAGGCUGUUUUAUUGUUCUUCUAUUAGAAAUAAAAAUUUAUUUAAUGUAUUACAACACAACAUAAAAUCAAAAUAUUGUAAUAAUGCUGUUAAUUUAGAUGCAAAUACAAAUGUAGCAAAAGAUGUUAUUUUAUUUAAAUAUGAUAAUCCUAAAUUCUAUCAAAUGCUCAAUGUAUUUGCUCUAUGCCAAUUUGGGUUUUGGACAUACUUAUCACAUUUUGCAUUUACUACCUUAAAAGAUGCACCAGUUAAUAAAUCCGAUGAAAAUGUUGCGUGGUGGAGAAAAAUUAAUUUAGGGGAGAAUAAAUAUAGAAAUACUUUGACGAUACUUAGUUUUCUCAUAGGAUACGGAAUUUUAGGAAUGUCGUGGGCAUAUACUUUACGAUCUAUAAGAUAUUUAGUUUUAAGAAAAGGUGGGAAUCAAGUAACCUUAGUAACAUAUGCACCAUUUGGUAAGAAUCGAAUGAUGACCGUUGAUUUAAAAUAUGUGAGCGCUCAAGAAGCAAGGCAGUUUGCCAAAGUUCAAUUACCCAUUAAAGUGAAGGGUAAAAGUUUAUUUUAUAUGUUAGAUAUGCGUGGCCAGUUUUUAAAUCCUAAAUUGUACGAUCAAACAGCGGGCUUGAAAAGGAAUUUAGAAAAAGUUUUGUGAACACGUUUUUUGGAUAUAAGUAUAAGUUUGAAUUUAAGUACAAAGGUGUCUAGUUGUAAUGAAGUAGGAAUAUGCUCAUAUGAUCCAGAAAAUGGUGGUUGUAUUUAUGCAGGUAUGUCCAGGUCUUAAAAUGAAGAUAUAGCGAAUUAAAUAGGUGUUAUUUUGAAUAAACGAUUAAAAU